AUGUGCUUAUCAAACAGCAUGGUUAUUUUAUUUAAUAACAUCAUCAUUUGCAACAGCAGCUAAUAUUCGUAUUGGUCAAUUUUUAGGUAGUGGAAAACCGAUGGAAGCAGCAAAUACAAAAAAUGUGACAUAUGCCGUUGGAGCAAUUGUUAUUUUAAUGGAUAUAUGUUUAAUUGUUAGUUUUCAUUAUUGGUUUCCAUUUGCUUAUAAUACAGAAACAGAUGCAUUAACACUUGCUCGACGUGUACUUUUACUUGUUGCACUUGCUCAAAUAUGGGAUGGAUAUAAUAUUAUUAAUACAGGCAUUGUUAAAGCUUGUGGCAAACAAAAACGGGGUGCUAUAAUUUCAUUUAUAGGUUUUUAUUUUUGUGGUAUUCCACUUGCAGCUGUACUAAUGUUUUAUGUUCGUACUGAUAUAUAUGGAUUUUGGCUUGGAAUUAUAGCUGCAGAAACAAUUACGAAUAUUCUUUUAUUUAUUCUUGUUCAACGUUUUAAUUGGGAACAUCAUGCUAAAGCUGCACUUAUACGUAUUAAUUUUAAUCCAAAAUCUGCUACAACUAAUAUUACUACUAUUUCCGUAACUGAUGAUAAAGCUCAAUCGAAAGAAUCUAAGUCAACGACAGAUACAGAUCAAACUAGUUGGAUCAAAUUAAUUCGAAUUAAACUUAUUGUUUUACUUUUAUUUAUUUGUUUUUUAAUUGCCGGUAUUAUGACAUCGACAAUGAUUCCAUUUUGA